AUGUUAAAUACACCUUGGCUAUCAUAACAUUAUAUAUUGAUAUAUUGUUAAGGUAAUAAUUGUUUGGAGAGAGAUGUUUUGGCUGAACGUCUUAAUGAAUUAUCCAUGCUAGACCACAUUUGGACCAAAUAGCACAAAUUUGAACACAUUUAACAAGUAUGUAUCAUUACAUGACAUACAACUAGGAUGACUUGAAACAUGGAAAUAUAAAGAUUCCUCAAGAACUUGAAUUAAGAUCGAAUGCAUCCCCACUAGUUGAGCAAAAGUGAGUUCCAAAACUGGCUCAUUAGAUAGUAAGACAGAUGGUACAAUGAUGAGAAUCUCUGAACUUCAAGCAAAGCAAGACUGAGAAAAAAAAGCUGAAACAAAAUGUGUUAGACAAAGAAGUUCACGUUUAUAAUUGAUUACUAUAAGUAAAUGUGCCC